AUGACAUGUCAUCGUCACAACCAGACCAUGCUCAGCUGGCCGAUGUGGAUGGAUCGCGACCGACCUUACCUGAAUACCCCAUAUCCCGUGUGGCUCUCAGACCAUGCUCAGCUGGCCGAUGUGGAUGGAUCGCGACCGACCUUACCUGAAUACACCAUAUCCCGUCGACGUCGAUGCGAGAACCGCCAGAGACGACAUAGGACGACGUUCACGUCAGACCAGACGCUGAAGCUGGAGCUCGAGUACGCGCGCACUGACUAUGUCAGCCGACACCGACGGUUCGAGUUGGCGGCAAUGCUGCAGUUGAUGGAGAGUCAGAUAAAAAUCUGGUUCCAGAACCGGCGGGCAAAAGACAAGCGGAUCGAGAAGGCCCAGAUCGACCACUAUCUGAGAUCGAUGAGUCUUCCGUCUGUUCAGAUACCAUAUCAUAUCCGUCACCGGUGACGCACUCCGAUUCCUGCAGUACAUGCGCAGUGCCACUUUCGUUUCCCACAUCACUUCCGCUGAGGUUACCACAGG